AUGGCGUUCGAUUCCUCCAGCGGCUUCGUGGCGGCUGACGCAGUGGCAGGCCUCGCAGACACAGCGCUGCCCAUCUUCGAGGUCCUUCCGGUGCAGCUGGUCCCUUCCAUCGCCGCCGAUUUUGUCGCCGGCCAGGCUGCCAAUAAUGUCCUUGUCAUUGGCCUGUCGAACGGGGGGAUCAUGCGCAUCGACCUCAACAGGCCAGAGGAUAUCGAGGACAUCGACCUCCCGAAGAAGAGCUCGGAGGUGGGCGUUAUCCGGCGCAUGUUUUUAGACCCGACCGCCUCGCACCUCAUCAUCUGCACGUCUCUCGGGGAGAACUUUUACCUGCAUUCGCAGUCACGCCAUCCGCGCCCCCUCGCCCGUCUCCGUGGCGUCACUAUUGAGAGCAUCGCCUGGAGUCCUGCUCUCCCCACGUCCUCAACGCGUGAAAUCCUCAUUGGCGCAGCCGACGGAAAUUUAUACGAAGGCUUCAUCGAGACCUCGACCGAGUUCUACCGCAAGGAGGACAAAUACAUCAAGCUACUGCAGAAAUUCCCCGACGGACCGAUCACGGGUAUCUGGGCGGAUUCACUACCCGGCGGGCAGGACACUCGCCGGAUUCUUCUAAGCACGCCGGGCAGGCUGUUCCACUGGGCGGGCAAGGUGGGCCGCGGGCAUGAUGGGAGCGCCUCCAUCUAUUCGAGACUGUUCGAGUCUGAGAAGCCCGUCAUCCACGAGCUUCCACGAACAUCAGCGGCCGCUGCUUCGGCCCUUGUCGUGUCUCCGGAUGCCGAGCCAAAGUUCCAUGGUGACGAUGUACCAGAGCGCGCGUUUGCGUGGUUGUCAUCUCACGGCGUGUACCAUGGGAAACUGCUCGUCAAUGGCACUGGUCAGGAACUGGGGAACAAGGUCUUUGCGGAAUCAAAGCUGAUCCCGCGACCACAACUAGCCAAUCCGGAGGGCGCAAACCGGAGGCAGAUAUCUACUGAAUAUAUUGAGGCAAUCGCGCUCACGCAGUGGCAUGUCAUCAGCCUGGUCGGGAGCCGGAUCGUGAUCGCCAAUCGGCUUACUGGGUCGAUUGUAUACGAUCAAACAAUCUUGGACCCCGGGCAAAAGGCGGUCGGGCUAUGCGUCGAUCUUCAGAAACACACCUUCUGGCUGGUAACAUCACCCAAGGAGAUACUCGAAAUUGUUCCGCGAGAUGAGGACAGGGACAUCUGGAAAAUCAUGCUGCAGAUGCAACAGUUUGACGCCGCGCUGCGGUAUGCCCAUACACCGGCCCAGAGAGAUGCUGUUGCUAUUGCUUCGGGAGAUUACCUCGUAAGCAAGGGUCAACACAGCGAGGCCGCCGGCGUCUAUGGGAAGAGCAGCAAACCGUUUGAGGAAGUUGCACUCACUUUUAUUGACAACGACCAGCCGGAUGCCUUGCGGAAGUACCUCUUGGCUAAACUAAGCACGUACAAGAAGUCCUCUGUCAUGCAACGGAUGAUGAUCGCGGCCUGGCUGAUGGAGAUAUUCAUGGCCAAGCUUAAUUCGCUGGACGAUACCAUCAUUACAGGAGCGGAGCUAUCAGAGACGCUGAAUCCGACUCAGACUAGAGAGCAGCUCGAUGCCGUUCGGGCCGAGUACCAGGAGUUUGUGAACAGGCACAAGUCGGAUCUCGAUAGGAAAACCGUUUACGACGUCAUCAGCAGCCACGGCCGGGAAGAUGAGCUCCUUUACUACGCCAACGCGGUGAACGAUUACAACUUUGUCCUAUCAUACUGGGUCCAGCGAGAGAGGUGGUCCGAGGCACUGAAGGUGCUCCAAAGGCAAACAGACGCCGACGUGUUUUACCGAUACAGCAGCGUGCUUAUGACGCACGCGGCGACGGAGCUGGUUGAAAUCCUGAUGCGCCAGAGCAACCUCAAGCCUCGCAACCUCAUUCCCGCGCUGCUCGAGUACGACCAGAACUACAAGGGGCCGCUAUCCCAGAACCAAGCGAUCCGAUACCUCCUACACGUUGUCAACCAGCUCGGCUCGACCGACUCGGCAGUGCACAACACGCUGGUCUCCAUGUACGCGUCCCAUCCGUCCAAAGACGAGUCGGCCCUCCUGGCCUACAUCGAAUCGCAGGGCGACGAGCCCAAAUUUGACCCAGAUUUUGCCCUGCGCCUCUGCAUCCAGCACCACCGGGUGCUGUCAUGCGCGCACAUCUACACGAGCAUGGGCCAGUACGUGCAGGCGGUCGACCUGGCCUUGUCGCACGACGAGGUGGACCUGGCCUCCAUCAUCGCGAACCGCGCCAUGUCCAACCCGCCGCUGCGCAAGAAGCUGUGGCUGGCCAUCGCGAAAAAGGUCAUCUCCCAGUCCAACGGCAUCAAGAGCGCCAUCCAGACGCUGAAGCAGUGCGAGCUGCUCCGCAUCGAGGACCUGAUCCCCUUUUUCCCGGACUUUGUAGUCAUUGACGACUUCAAAGAAGAGAUUUGCGCCGCGCUCGAGGCCUACAGCCGCGACAUUGACGCGCUGCGCAGGGAGAUGGACGAGUCGAGCCUCACGGCGGCCAACAUCAAGACGGACAUUGCCGCGCUCGAUCGCAGGUACGCCAUUGUGGAGCCCGGCGAAAAGUGCUUCGCGUGCGGCCUGCCGCUGCUCAGCAGGCAGUUCUUUGUGUUCCCCUGCCAGCACGCUUUUCACUCGGACUGUCUGGGCAGAAAGGUGCUCGAGCAGAGCGGGCCGGCCAAGAGCAAGAGGAUCAGAGAGUGCCAGGUGCAGAUUAGUAAAGGGUUGGUGAGCGGGGAGAAGAGGGAGAAGAUGAUUGCUGAGUUGGACGGGUUGGUUGCGUCGGCUUGUAUCUUGUGCAGCGAUUAUGCGAUAAAGUGGAUCAAUGAGCCGUUUAUCAAGGAGGAUGAGGAUAUGGAGGAAUGGGCGCUGUAG